AGUGAGCAGCUUGUGAUAAACCGUGUGUGGGAAAACAUGAAGAAGGAGUGAAGGACUGGUCCCCCAGAAGCUGCAGACCGAGGUCCACUUUGUGUGGGAAAACAUGAAGAAGGAGUGAAGGACUGGUCCCCCAGAAGCUGCAGACCGAGGUCCACUUUGUGUGGGGAAACAUGAUGAAGGAGUGAAGGACUGGUCCCCCAAAAGCUGCAGACCGAGGUCCACUUUGUGUGGGGAAAUAUGAUGAAGGAGUGAAGGACUGGUCCCCCAGAAGCUGCAGACCGAGGUCCACUUUGUGUGGGGAAACAUGAUGAAGGAGUGAAGGACUGGUCCCCCAGAAGCUGCAGACCGAGGUCCACUUUGUGUGGGGAAAUAUGAUGAAUGAGUGAAGGACUGGUCCCCCAGAAGCUGCAGACCGAGGUCCACUUUGUGUGGGGAAACAUGAUGAAGGAGUGAAGGACUGGUCCCCCAGAAGCUGCAGACCGAGGUCCACUUUGUGCGGGGAAACAUGAUGAAGGAGUGAAGGACUGGUCCCCCAGAAGCUGCAGACCGAGGUCCACUUUGUGUGGGGAAACAUGAUGAAGGAGUGAAGGACUGGUCCCCCAGAAGCUGCAGACCGAGGUCCACUUUGUGUGGGGAAACAUGAUGAAGGAGUGAAGGACUGGUCCCCCAGAAGCUGCAGACCGAGGUCUAGCAUGGCCCAGCCUCUGCUCAAGAGGACCUUGUCUCGACUGCGAGGCAAGAACAAGUCCCGCAGGAAGACUGAGCGCCAAGUCCACGAUGUUCCGCUGCAGUCAGAUGGCAUCCAGAAGCCUGGUACUUGUGGGCCAGCAAUGACCGGGGCAGACUGCGACCUUCCGGUGCUCCACCGCGUCACGUCUGAGAAGCCGCUGUGGGUGUGGCCAGUAUCAGAAGCUCCGCCCACGUCUCUCCUCUCCAAUGAUGGGGAAAGAAGAUCCUUUUGCACGCUGGGCCAGAACGCGGCUCAGAGACAAACCCAAGACAAGGAGUUCUUCCAGGCGGCAGCAAGUUCCGUUGAUCCAAACAUGGCAGUCAGAACCAAGCUGUCCGGCCAGCGAGCCUAUUUGCAGAGCUUGGAUCGCAGCAGUCGAGACUGGGUGUUGUCGUCAGGAAAGUCUGAGGCUUCCGACAAGGCCUGCAGGCGGAAUCAGGAAAGCGGUAGAAACAUUUGGUACAACCCAAUCCCGGAGGAGGAGGACAUUGCUGGACUGCCAAGAAAUGAGGAUGUGUGGACCAAGAUGGACGGUAAACCAGCAGAACCAGAGAGACUGGGUCCAGUUGCUACUACAAUAGACCGUGGACUUAUGUGGACUGGCUCAGCACAGGCUUGUAGAGAUCUUCCUUCAUUGGACGCCACCAACCCUCAUGUGGAGGACAGCUCAGAAGAAGGUGCAGACUCCAAGUAUGUCUUCCAAAAAAAAGCGGGUGUGGUUGACAGAUUGGGGUCUCCUGGCACAGUGAGGAAACUCUCUUUCAAAAUGAAGAAGCUUCCUGAGCUGAGACGCAGAAUCAGCCUUCGCUCUUCUCGUGUGCGACAAGAUGGAGACAAAGUCACCAUGAAGAAGUUGGCAGACCAGAACGUCAUCAGUCGUUAUCACCUGGAUAGCUCCACCCCUCCUGCUUUGCCACAGCGGCGGUUAUCGAGAGGACGCUCCGCCAGUAAAGGAGGGUAUCUCAGUGACGGAGACUCACCAGAGCUGCUGCCUCGCCAGCCUGGCGACAAGACUUCAUUCCAGCUGUACACAGACAGCGAGCCUUCAUCAGGCUGUCAGCGCCUGACUGGUUUGCUGACUGUUCACCUUCUUGGUCUGGAACACAUCAAAUCAAAGAGGUGCCGUGAGAGCAAAGAAAUGUUUCUUGCCAUCCAGAUUGACGGAAUCACUCUGGCGAGAACCGCCCCCUUAACCCUGCAAGGCCACGCCCUCUCCUUAAACCACACCUUCCACCUGGAGCUGGAGGGAGCGUGGCAACUCCGAGUGGUGGUGCUCACGUCUGCGGCCAGCACGCCCCCGGGGUUGAACCAGACCAGGACCAGAAUCUGCUGUCUGGGGACGGUUGCUCUUCUUCCCCUCUUUAAAGGAAGUGGAAGUCAGCAGCUGUGUGUCAACUUGGAACCUCAGGGACGUCUCUACAUCAAACUCUCUCUGCAGGAACCAUGGGACGUGCAGUUGGACAGGACCUCAACAGCGCCCUCUAAAGUGUUUGGGGUGGAACUGCGGCAUCUGGUGGAGGAAGAAGGUUCUGCCUCUGCAGUUCCUUUGAUCAUCCUGAAGACCGUGGCCGAGAUUGAACGCAGAGGACUGAAGGUCGUGGGUCUGUACAGACUUUGUGGUUCUGCUGCGGGGAAAAAGGAGCUGAGGGAUUGGUUUGAGAGGAACGCUUCAGCCGUCUGUCUCGGUGAGGAUCUCUAUCCUGACGUCAAUGUUCUCACAGGCGUCCUGAAAGACUACCUGCGGGAGCUGCCAUCCCCGCUCAUCACCUCCACUUUGUAUGAGGUGGUCAAGGAAGCCAUGACCCUACGACCCCCACCCACCAGCCCCGACCUCCAGCUAGCCCACAACACGGUCGCACUUCUGUCCUGCCUGCCCGCCCCGGAGAGGGCCACUUUGUCUCACCUGCUGGACCACCUCAGCCUCGUGGCCAACUUUAGCGCGUCCAACAGGAUGACGGCCCAAAACCUGGCUGUCUGCUUCGGACCCGUGCUGCUGAAGCAGGAGGCCUGGAAGGGAGGGAUGAAGUGUCAAGGACAGGACUUGGUGGACUUCAAACUCCACAUUGAGGCCUUGCACUACCUGCUGCAGCUGUGGCCAGGUGAGAUGUGGGUGGGCGGGCUUUUCAUUCUUAAGGCCACUUGGAUGUUUUCUUCCUCAGUGCCAGCCAAGCAAGUCCCGGCAGACAACAGCCAAGACCUUCCUCCUCCCGCCGUCCUGCAUCCUGGUCCCGAGGACGUGGUGGUGUCACGCCGGGGCCCGCGCCUGGACAGUCCACCACCAAUCAACCGCUACGCCGGCGACUGGAGCGUCUGCGGGCAAGACGGCGUGUCAGCACAGGACGCUGAUUACGAUGAGGUGGCAGGAAGUGAAAGUGAUGAAGGUGGUGAACGCCAGGAGGAGCGAGUAGAGGAACACGCCGCUUGGUUUCCAACGGGAAGCGGAGCUCUCUUUGAGGAGGACGUCUUGGAUUUUGAUGCUCCGUUUAGCUGCCGACUCAGCCUGAAGGACUUUGACAGUCUUAUUCACGACCUGGACCGAGAGCUCGCCAAGCAGAUCCACAUCUGCCUGUGAGGGGGAGGAACUGCAAGCAAGGUUGUCCCUCAUACACAAUCCCAAUCAACACACCUUUUUCUUCUCUAUGCAUUCUAACUUGUAAAUAAACGCUAGCAAGAGUCAGCUAACAAUGGAGGCAAUGACAUUUGAUCUAUUCCUGCCAUAAGGAACUCUAAAAACUUUCAAAAACUUCCAUCAAGAUGUUAUAUACACGCUGUAAGUAUAUAUGUAAUAACAUUCAUAACAUGUAAUAUGGUAACAUUCAUAAUAACAUGUUAUACAUGAUGUAAGUAUUUAUGUCAUGUAGUAACAUUCAUAACAUGUAAUAUAUACAUGUGAUUAUAUAUGUAAUAACAUUCAUAACAUGUAAUAUGGUAACAUUCAUAAUAACAUGUAAUAUAUACAUGAUGUAAGUAUAUAUGUCAUGUAGUAACAUUCAUAAUAGCAUGUAAUAUAUACAUGAUGUAAGUAUAUAUGUCAUGUAGUAACAUUCAUAAUAACAUGUAAUAUAUACAUGAUGUAAGUAUAUAUGUAGUAUCUAGUAACAUUCAUAAUAACAUGUAAUAUAUACAUGAUGUAAGUAUAUAUGUCAUGUAGUAACAUUCAUAAUAGCAUGUAAUAUAUACAUGAUGUAAGUAUAUAUGUCAUGUAGUAACAUUCAUAAUAACAUGUAAUAUAUACAUGAUGUAAGUAUAUAUGUAGUAUCUAGUAACAUUCAUAAUAACAUGUAAUAUAUACAUGAUGUAAGUAUAUAUGUCAUGUAGUAACAUUCAUAAUAACAUGUAAUAUAUACAUGAUGUAAGUAUAUAUGUCAUGUAGUAACAUUCAUAAUAACAUGUAAUAUAUACAUGAUGUAAGUAUAUAUAUCAUGUAGUAACAUUCAUAAUAUGUAAUAUAUACAUGAUGUAAGUAUAUAUGUAGUAUCUAGUAACAUUCAUAAUAACAUGUAAUAUAUACAUGAUGUAAGUAUAUAUGUCAUAUAGUAACAUUCAUAAUAACAUGUAAUAUAUACAUGAUGUAAGUAUAUAUCUCAUGUAGUAACAUUCAUAAUAACAUGUAAUAUAUACAUGAUGUAAGUAUAUAUGUAGUAUCUAGUAACAUUCAUAAUAACAUGUAAUAUAUACAUGAUGUAAGUAUAUAUGUAGUAUCUAGUAACAUUCAUAAUAACAUGUAAUAUAUACAUGAUGUAAGUAUAUAUGUAGUAUCUAGUAACAUUCAUAAUAACAUGUAGUAUAUACAUGAUGUAAGUACAUAUGUCAUGUAGUAACAUUCAUAAUAACAUGUAAUAUAUACAUGAUGUAAGUAUAUAUGUCAUGUAGUAACAUUCAUAAUAACAUGUAAUAUAUACAUGAUGUAAGUAUAUAUGUCAUGUAGUAACAUUCAUAAUAACAUGUAAUAUAUACAUGAUGUAAGUAUAUAUGUAGUAUCUAGUAACAUUCAUAAUAACAUGUAAUAUAUACAUGAUGUAAGUAUAUAUGUCAUAUAGUAACAUUCAUAAUAACAUGUAACAUAUACAUGAUGUAAGUAUAUAUGUAGUAUCUAGUAACAUUCAUAAUAACAUGUAAUAUAUACAUGAUGUAAGUAUAUAUGUAGUAUCUAGUAACAUUCAUAAUAACAUGUAAUAUAUACAUGAUGUAAGUAUAUAUGUAGUAUCUAGUAACAUUCAUAAUAACAUGUAAUAUAUACAUGAUGUAAGUAUAUAUGUCAUGUAGUAACAUUCAUAAUAACAUGUAGUAUAUACAUGAUGUAAGUAUAUAUGUCAUGUAGUAACAUUCAUAACAUGUCAUAUAUACAUGAUGUAAGUAUAUAUGUAGUAUCUAGUAACAUUCAUAAUAACAUGUAAUAUAUACAUGAUGUAAGAAAAUGUCAUACAGUAACAUUCAUAAUAACAUGUAAUAUAUACAUGAUGUAAGUAUAUAUGUAGUAUCUAGUAACAUUCAUAAUAACAUGUAGUAUAUACAUGAUGUAAGUACAUAUGUCAUGUAGUAACAUUCAUAAUAACAUGUAAUGAUGUAAGUAUAUAUGUAGUAUCUAGUAACAUUCAUAAUAACAUGUAGUAUAUACAUGAUGUAAGUAUAUAUGUCAUGUAGUAACAUUCAUAAUAACAUGUAAUAUAUACAUGAUGUAAGUAUAUAUGUAGUAUCUAGUAACAUUCAUAAUAACAUGUAAUAUAUACAUGAUGUAAGUAUAUAUGUAGUAUCUAGUAACAUUCAUAAUAACAUGUAGUAUAUACAUGAUGUAAGUACAUAUGUCAUGUAGUAACAUUCAUAAUAACAUGUAAUGAUGUAAGUAUAUAUGUAGUAUCUAGUAACAUUCAUAACAUGUAGUAUAUACAUGAUGUAAGUAUAUAUGUCAUGUAGUAACAUUCAUAAUAACAUGUAGUAUAUACAUGAUGUAAGUACAUAUGUCAUGUAGUAACAUUCAUAAUAACAUGUAAUGAUGUAAGUAUAUAUGUAGUAUCUAGUAACAUUCAUAAUAACAUGUAAUAUAUACAUGAUGUAAGUACAUAUGUCAUGUAGUAACAUUCAUAAUAACAUGUAAUAUAUACAUGAUGUAAGUAUAUAUGUCAUGUAGUAACAUUCAUAAUAACAUGUAAUAUAUACAUGAUGUAAGUAUAUAUGUCAUGUAGUAACAUUCAUAACAUGUCAUAUAUACAUGAUGUAAGUAUAUAUGUAGUAUCUAGUAACAUUCAUAAUAACAUGUAAUAUAUACAUGAUGUAAGUAUAUGUCAUAUAGUAACAUUCAUAAUAACAUGUAAUAUAUACAUGAUGUAAGUAUAUAUGUAGUAUCUAGUAACAUUCAUAAUAACAUGUAAUAUAUACAUGAUGUAAGUAUAUAUGUAGUAUCUAGUAACAUUCAUAAUAACAUGUAAUAUAUACAUGAUGUAAGUAUAUAUGUAGUAUCUAGUAACAUUCAUAAUAACAUGUAGUAUAUACAUGAUGUAAGUACAUAUGUCAUGUAGUAACAUUUAUAAUAACAUGUAAUGAUGUAAGUAUAUAUGUCAUGUAGUAACAUUCAUAAUAACAUGUAAUAUAUACAUGAUGUAAGUACAUAUGUCAUGUAGUAACAUUCAUAAUAACAUGUAAUAUAUACAUGAUGUAAGUAUAUAUGUAGUAUCUAGUAACAUUCAUAAUAACAUGUAGUAUAUACAUGAUGUAAGUACAUAUGUCAUGUAGUAACAUUUAUAAUAACAUGUAAUGAUGUAAGUAUAUAUGUCAUGUAGUAACAUUCAUAACAUGUCAUAUAUACAUGAUGUAAGUAUAUAUGUAGUAUCUAGUAACAUUCAUAAUAACAUGUAAUAUAUACAUGAUGUAAGUAUAUGUCAUAUAGUAACAUUCAUAAUAACAUGUAAUAUAUACAUGAUGUAAGUAUAUAUGUAGUAUCUAGUAACAUUCAUAAUAACAUGUAAUAUAUACAUGAUGUAAGUAUAUAUGUAGUAUCUAGUAACAUUCAUAAUAACAUGUAAUAUAUACAUGAUGUAAGUAUAUAUGUAGUAUCUAGUAACAUUCAUAAUAACAUGUAGUAUAUACAUGAUGUAAGUACAUAUGUCAUGUAGUAACAUUUAUAAUAACAUGUAAUGAUGUAAGUAUAUAUGUCAUGUAGUAACAUUCAUAAUAACAUGUAAUAUAUACAUGAUGUAAGUACAUAUGUCAUGUAGUAACAUUCAUAAUAACAUGUAAUAUAUACAUGAUGUAAGUAUAUAUGUCAUGUAGUAACAUUCAUAAUAUGUAAUAUAUACAUGAUGUAAGUACAUAUGUCAUGUAGUAACAUUUAUAAUAACAUGUAAUGAUGUAAGUAUAUAUGUCAUGUAGUAACAUUCAUAAUAACAUGUCAUAUAUACAUGAUGUAAGUAUAUAUGUAGUAUCUAGUAACAUUCAUAAUAACAUGUAAUAUAUACAUGAUGUAAGUAUAUAUGUAGUAUCUAGUAACAUUCAUAAUAACAUGUAGUAUAUACAUGAUGUAAGUACAUAUGUCAUGUAGUAACAUUCAUAAUAACAUGUAAUGAUGUAAGUAUAUAUGUCAUGUAGUAACAUUCAUAAUAACAUGUAAUAUAUACAUGAUGUAAGUAUAUAUGUCAUGUAGUAACAUUCAUAACAUGUCAUAUAUACAUGAUGUAAGUAUAUAUGUAGUAUCUAGUAACAUUCAUAAUAACAUGUAAUAUAUACAUGAUGUAAGUAUAUAUGUCAUGUAGUAACAUUCAUAAUAACAUGUAAUAUAUACAUGAUGUAAGUACAUAUGUCAUGUAGAAACAUUCAUAACAUGUAAUGUUUACAUAUUUUGAUCAUUUUAAGCACACGAUGGCGUCGUAUUCAUUUUCGACAAAAUCACAACGUACAUAUACAAAGUACCAAUAUGAUAAAGCAAUCACUUACUGUACCAUGUCUGCUCUCACUGGGAUAAAGACUGAUGGCAUGUUUAGAACUUCCCCUUUACAUCAACCUCACAUAAGGUUAAAAAACAGCAUAUUUCCCUGUCUUUCUGGCCAUCUCCGGGUGUAAAUUGUGGGUUUAUGUCCACAAGCUUCUGCUAUCCAGGUAAGAGAGAUGUUUUAUCAAGUAAAAGUAACUUUCACCAACUCAGAGGCCAUGCAGCAGCUGAGUAUGUCAAUAUAGCAGCAUAAGCUAGUGGGCGAGCUAUGAUCACGGCGCUGCUAAAAGCACUCAACAAUAAGGCUCCAACUUGUUAAUAUUCAGGUCAGGACAUGUCAAUGGAAGAUUGUUGGCACUUGUUGGAGAGAUUUGUGGCUGCAAUAUUGUUAGCCACCCCAUUCUGGAUGUACUUUACCACUUUGAAUGCAUAACAAAAGAAAACAUGUGUUCUGGUCUUACGUAAGGAUAGAAAACAUUAAAAAGUACAAUUCUCCUUUAAUGAUGUUUAUGUGCAAAUGAUUUCAAAUGUUGACUUUUUGCACUGCUUAAGCCAUACUUUCACUUUGACGUGAAGAAAAGUGACAACAGUUGAAAGGCUAAAAGAUGAUGUUUUCCAUAUAAUGCAGAGUGUCGUCUUCUUUCACGGUACCAAGUUUGUGACUGACGCUCCAAACUGUCUUGUUACGUUUUGCACAACUUCAUGCACUUGUUUUGGAACCCCAGGAUGCUUCAAAAUAAAAGACUGAAAGAGAGUCAAAUGAAGUAUCAA